UCACUCUGGAGUUUUACUAAAGUUUAGGCUUCACUUUAGCUUUAAUGAUGACUCUUUUUUGUUUUAUAGACAGCUGUGUGGAUAUCAAUACAUCUUUCAGAGACAUUGAAAGCGUUUUGUUUUAUUUGUAACUAGAUUAGACUGUCAGUUUGCACAAGUUUAUUUCAUCACUGCGGAAAAAUGACCGAGUUGGUUUUUGGUUUCUUGCUUUUGGCGUGGGGAUUUCAGUCCGGCUUUAGAGUGCGAGCGGAGGAGAGCCCACCCCGUAUCGUGCACCACCCCUCAGACCUGGUGGUCCGACUGGGUAGCCCUGCCACUCUCUCCUGCCGGGCAGACGGGAACCCCAAACCCAGCAUAGAGUGGCUCCAUGACGGGAUCCCUGUGCACUCGGAGCUGGGGGACAAUCACCUCCAGCCCAUCAUCCUGUCCGAGGGCAGCAUCUUCUUCCUCAGUGUGAAGAGGGGUCUGACUCACGAGGGGGUCUACACGUGUGUGGCUACCAACAGUGUGGGGAAAGCCAUCAGCAGAAAUGCAUCGCUGUAUAUAGCAGCGUUGCAGGAGGAGUUCAGCGUGCAGCCCAGUGACGUGGUGGUGGCGGAGGGAGAGGUGGCUGUUCUGAACUGUGGCCCUCCUCAGGGUCACCCCGAGCCCAAUGUGUACUGGAGGAGAGACGGUCUGCCUAUCAACAAGACCGACCAGCACUACACUGAGCUGAGUGGAAAGCUCAUCAUCGCCCCUGCAGACAGGAGCCACUCGGGGGCGUACGUGUGCGUGGCCAGUAACACAGUGGGAGUGAGAGAGAGCAGGGCCGCCCGCCUCACUGUGCUUGAGAAGCCAGUGCUGCUGCAGAGGCCUCAGAACGUCUCUGUGAGGAUGGGAGAGUCGGCCCACUUCACCUGUCAGGCCAAAGGAGACCCUGCACCUGUCGUUAUGUGGAGCAGGGACCAGGGGCCUCUGCCCAAUGGAAGAUACUUGGUGAACCCUGAACAGAGCCUUCAGAUCCACUACGUGACGGCCCAGGACGCAGGGAGGUACACCUGCACCGCUGUCAACGACGCUGGGGUGGUCACUGCCAGUGCACAGCUCACUGUACAAGGUUAUUUGGCACCAGAGCCCACAAACUCCACACUGAAGGACUUCCAUAAGGAGCUGUCGUCUCUGCGCGUCAUCCUGGAGAGUGUGUCCAUUCUGGCCGCUGGAUCCAACAAGUCCCUCGUGCAAUGGAGGUUGCAGUCCUUCUCCUCUCAGCCUCACUUCUUGGACGGGUUUGAGGUUCUCUAUCGCUCUCUUCUGCCCGCCUCCUCUGAUUGGGCGGCCAAGAAGGUCCUGAUGCCCGGGUUCCAGGCUCAGAUCGGACCACUGAAAAGAGGAUUCAAAUAUGAGUUUAAAGUGCGACCGUUUGGGAACAACCUGUACGGGAGAGAGAGCAACACACGCCACCUCAGAGUCCCAGAGACAGUGCCCAGUGCGUCUCCGUUGGACGUGUCUCUCACUGUGAACCAUGAGCAGAAUAACACAGUCAGUCUGAGCUGGACGGCCCCGCCACACGACACACACAAUGGAAUCAUACAGGGUUAUCAGGUUUGGUGUGUGGACUCAGAGCAGCAGCAGUACCAGAACUGGACCGUGGACAGCAGCCGACACCAACUGCAGAUCUCAGGCCUCAGAGCUGGGACCAAGUACUGGGUCAGCAUCGCCGCGGUGAACGGGGCGGGGGUUGGCGUGCUCAGUGACCCCCAGGGCUUUGUCAUCAACCCCCCUGUUGGACGUUCUGCUGAAAAUGAGGAAAAGAACACAAAAGAAGCUCGUUCAGUCCUCGCUCUGCUCCGUGACCCUGUGGUGAUCGGCAGCAUUGGCGCCCUCUUGUGGUGUAUCCUCAUGCUUGCAGCUGUGUGCCUGUACAGACGACACAGCAGGACGGGCCAGCUCAUACCUAUGCACGGCAAACGCAAAGGUUUACAUAGACUAGCUGGCGAAGAUUUAAUAAUAAAACACAGAAUGGCAGCCCCAGACUCUCCGUGGAUCGCAGGAGGAUGGAGACAGGGACACUUUAAUGAAUACCAAGACCUGUGGGCCCAGAGCCAGAAGAACCCAAAACUCAAAAGUGCCAGUCUCCCUGCCUCCUCCUCGAAAGACUCCACCAGCGCCGACUCUGUUCCCAUAGUAACGGACAGCUGUGGCGUUUACGGAACUUUUUACGUGGAUUUGAGCGGCAGAAAUUUAAAAACCUUUAACAGCCCCGGAAAAUGUCCCAAAAUGCCCCACAAUCACCACAGCGACCAGGGCACGGAGACGAUCAAGAUCUUCACCCAGCCCGUCUCCAAGGGCUCGCCGAUCUGUACCCGUGAGGCGUUACCAUGGAAACAGGGUAUACGCCCACAGCCGAGGAUGGGGGUCAACCACAGCAAGCAAGACCUGCAGGCAGUGAACAGUGUCCCUCUGCUCUCCUCUAAGGCUGAAAUCUGUUCCUCUGACGCCUACAAACAGAGACAGAGCCAAGGGCCAGCAGCCAAGCACAGUGAACACUCAGACCCAGUGAGAGCGCCCCCUUGCCCUCGCCUGUUACAUUACACUGCUUCGCUGCACCUGGUGGACAUGCUGCCGCCUCCUCCUCCUCUGCCCAUCGAGAACACAACAGAGACCCGCAGCCUCUCCUCAGACGAAGGCUCCAGUCACUCCACGAAGCUCACAGGAGACAUGGGCUCGCUUCAGUCUGUGAACACUCCUCCUGUGACCCGCGGCCUCAUAAAACCAAACACCAACGUCUCCAACUACAGCCGCCAGUCCACCGCCUCGUACUGCACCGCCCCCCACCCAGACCCCGUCACCAGGACAACGCAGGAGGCCACGCAGUACCUGGAGAUCAGCCCCAAACCCGAGAGGUGCAGCCUCCUCCCAGAGCAGAGACCCUCCCUCCCCCAGCCCCUCCCCCACAGCCUGGGCUUCCUCAGCAGCACCAUCUCCUCUCAGCCGGACCUGUACUCCACCCUGGGUCACUCGGAGGCGCCCCCUGUUGGCUUGAGACGCUCGCGGGUGCAGAGCUCUCCCUCCUCCUGCUACAGUGAAUGGGACAGCUCUCUGUGGAACACCUGGAGCUCCAUGAUGGACAGGGACAUGGGCCGGGACCUGACCAGCGCUCGCACCAGUCUGAUCAGCUCUGUGGACAGCUGCUACACCACAGACAGCGCACACUUCGCCCGCCUGCUCGCUGUGGCGGCCGCCGCGGAGAGCAUGAGUGGAGCAUCGCUAUCAGAUUUCUCCCCGCCCGCCUCCCCUCUCAGCGUGCUGUACCCCUCCUAUCACCUAGAGGGCGACUCCUUUGGCGACUUUGACCCUGCUUGGGACUGGAAAACUGUGUGGAUGGAGGAAAUGGAGGAAAACUACAAGAACCACUACAACAAACCAUUUGACUGUUAAGACUGGAAUACAGACAUACAUAACCAUCAAUCACAAGUGAAAGAAUUUAUAAAGAAGAAUAAGUAAAGCUGCACUACCAGGCAAAAGUUUGGACCAUAGACCUUAAAUAUAAAUGGACAUAGCUAACCUGCUCGAGUAUAGGAAGUGAAGAUGGAGGCGCUUUCCGAUCCAUCGACUCCGGCUCCAAUUGACUUUACACAUAAAAAAAAAAAAAUUCACCCUUCUCUCAGUAACUGCUGCACUGAGCCUUGUAAUUUUCAUCUUAAAAAGUUAACCCACUCCACAUGAUCCUUAGCCAGGCUGGCGCCACCUAGUGCCUCCGCUCCAUUUCAUUUCUCUCCAGUGACUAGGUCAGGAAUCGAAUUUGUAGACCUUGCACCCUUCAAUCAGCGAAGAGCUGUGAAGCCAUGACUGGGUCCGUUUGUGGUGCAGCGCAACAGUAAACAAAGUGAUCGAGAUGGAUGUAGACAAAGCCAUACAUUCUGUGUUGGCAACGAUUCCCGAGAUCGAGGAUUUAAAGUCGGAACAAAGAGAUUUUUUUGUGAAUUUUAACAAGGGGAAAGAUGUUAUUGCCCUUCUUCCUACGGGAUUUGGGAAAAGCUUAAUAUACCAGUUAGCUCUGUUAGGGGCGCAUUACAUAUGUCACUACCAAUAGCAGCGAUUGGUUAAAUAAACGGACAGAUGGUUUCCACAAAGUGAAACCGGUUGAUGAAUCAGGCUACAUGAUCCUGAUGUUCAUUAUUAUUUAGUUUGUUUAUACAUUUCUAUUCCUAAUAUGGAACUCGACUCCACAUUCUCUCUUGUAACUGCUUGCCUCAUGAGCUUCAUUUGACUGGAGCCAGACACACUCCUUUAGUCCACUUUUAUACAGUCUGUGUUUAGGACACACUUUUUCAGGCAAUGUUUAUUUUCAUGGCUAUAUACCACAGACCUGGGCAUUGUUCAGCUCCGGGGCCACAUACUGCCCUUUUUUUUUUUUUUUGACUCUAACCAGCCCGUUUAAGCUCAUUUGGAAAUACAAAAUAAACAUAUUUUAUAAUUUUACCUCAUGCCUGGACUAAAGCUGCAUUGCUUUUAAUUCAGAGGUGUUUUUUUAAUUAUUUUUUUAAG